GGUUUGCUGCUGCGCACGCGUGUAAAGCCCGGCUCGUAAGUCUUGUGUCUCGUGUUUCAUUAAUACAACUGCGACGUUUCAUCUUCGCCGAAUAUCGCGACAUUUUUAUAUCGACGCUUUGCCGUUGAAUGUAAAAUAAUCACGAUUCGUAGAGCGCCGUGUUAAUUGGCUUCUACGCUGUUCGAAAGAGGUUCGAAGCGUUUCUUCUUCCUAACCUACUCAAGAAUCGUCAUCGACGACGAAACAUGACUAAGAACAUGAUGAGAAAACCGAUGGAGAAUGGCGACAGUCGUGGAUCUCAUGGACAGGCCUAUAAGGACAAGAGCAAACCCGCCGAUAUUCGCAGCAGCAACAUUAACGCUGCCAAAGCUGUUAGCGAUGCAAUUCGUACAAGUCUUGGACCUAGGGGGAUGGAUAAGAUGAUUCAAGCUGGUAAUGGAGAAGUUACUAUCACAAAUGAUGGUGCCACUAUCCUGAAAGAGAUGAACGUGAUCCACCCUGCUGCAAAGAUGCUCGUCGAGUUGUCAAAAGCUCAGGAUAUAGAGGCUGGUGAUGGUACCACGAGUGUCGUCGUGAUAGGUGGAUCACUGUUAGAAGCAGCGGAACGUUUGUUGCAGAAAGGCAUUCAUCCUACUUCGAUCAGCGAUGCUUUUCAGAAAGCAGCAUCUAAAGCAGUAUCAAUUUUGACACUGAUGUCCAUACCUGUUGAUCUAACAGAUAAAGAAUCUCUUGUAAAGGUUGCAGCAACAUCUCUUAAUUCCAAGGUUGUGCAUCAACAAUCUAGUCUUCUUGCACCACUUGCAGUGGAUGCUGUGUUAAAGGUUACUGAAGAAGGAAAGGAAGUGUCAGUUGACUUAAAUGACAUUAAAGUGAUAAAGAAAUUAGGAGGAACUGUCGAAGACACUGAAUUAGUAGAUGGAUUAAUAUUUACUCAGAAAUCUUGUAAUGUUAAUGGCCCGAAACGCAUUGAGAAAGCUAAAAUUGGAUUAAUUCAAUUUUGCAUUUCACCACCGAAAACCGAUAUGGAUCAUAACGUUAUUGUAUCGGACUACGCAGCGAUGGAUCGUGUUUUAAAGGAGGAACGUGCCUACAUAUUGAAUAUUGUAAAACAGAUCAAGAAAACUGGUUGCAAUGUACUUCUCGUGCAAAAAUCAGUUCUGCGCGACGCUGUUAGCGAUCUUGCGAUACAUUUCUUGGACAAAAUUAAGGUCAUGGUGGUAAAGGACGUGGAGCGCGAGGACAUUUCUUUUGUAUGUAAAACGCUAGGUUGCAGGCCAAUUGCGUCGCUGGAUCAUUUUGUGCCUGAAAAUCUUGUCAAUGCAGAACUCUGCGAAGAAGUUCAAACUGGAAAUUCGAAAUUUGUUAAGAUCACAGGAAUCCAAAAUCAUGGAAAAACAGUUACGGUCCUUGUACGUGGUAGCAACAAAUUAGUAUUAGAGGAAGCUGGAAGAUCAUUACACGAUGCCUUGUGCGUUAUCCGGUGUUUAGUGAAACAACGAGCGCUGAUUGCUGGUGGUGGAGCACCAGAAAUUGAAUUGGCAUUAAAAUUGGGAGAAUAUGCAGUGACCUUAGGCGGAAUUAAUGCAUACUGCAUCAAGGCCUUUGCAAAUGCGCUUGAGGUAAUUCCGUCGACGUUAGCCGAAAACGCGGGUUUAAAUCCGAUAGCUACAGUAACUGAACUUCGCAAUCGACACGCGAAGGGUGAAGUAACUGCAGGGAUUAACGUUCGGAAAGGCGCCAUCACUAAUAUAUUGGAAGAGAAUGUGAUUCAACCACUGCUGGUUUCUAUUAGUUCAAUAACUCUUGCUUCUGAAACUGUACGCAGUAUACUGAAGAUUGAUGACAUUGUCAAUACGACUCAAUAAAUCAUGAGACGUGAUUUAAAAUUGUUUCCGUACUUGUAAUUUGUGCACACAUUCAUCACAUUUGUUUCAUUAAUUACGAAAGUCUAUACAUUAACGAUUAAUUGUAUCUGCUUUUUGCAAAAGUUUUACAUAAUGUAA